GGACAGAACAAAACAAAGCAAAAACAAAUGAGGAAGGGCAGAAGGCCACUCCCACUCCUGACUUCAGAAGAACUAUGUAGUCAGAUUUACAGAUCUGUCAACAUAGAGCACCAACGUGUUGCACCAAAAAAAUGGAAGAAAGCUACCAGGCAGCUGUUCGAAGGGAGAGGACUCAAAGUAUCCAGGCACUGAACUUUGAACUGAAGUAUAUGAUUGUUGGUCAUAUCACAGCUUUUCAAGAGGCCUUUGAGUCUUUGCUUCGCUUUGCUGAAAACCGCACAAGUUCCCUGUUUGAGACAGCUUACAGACCUAUGGCAAAAGAAGCAGCAGAGCCUGUUAAAGAACUUUUUACAGACAUCUCUCUCUACAUUCUGGGUGCAGAGACUACAGUGGAAAGUGCAGUAUUACGGUUCUUUGACAGUCUCUUUCCUCUGGUGUACAGUCGGCUAAUAAACCCAGGAAUUACAGAUUUAUCAGAGGACUAUACGGAGUGUCUACGGCUUACAAGGCAAGACAUAAAUCCUUUUGGACGCUAUUCUAAAAACAUGGUUACAGAGCUGUCAAAAUCUCUUUGGGCAAGUAGGAUGCUUAGCCAGGCCCUCAGUCUGGGCAUUGAAGUGAUAAAUACUACUGAACAUGCAGCUCUCACCAAGGAAUGUAGCAAAGCUCUAGUGAAGAUGCAGUAUUGCCCGCAUUGCCAGGGCCUGACGCUAAUCAGACCCUGUGUCGGAUAUUGUCUAAAUGUAAUGAGGGGCUGUUUGGCCAGUGUGUCAGAACUGGAUGCACAAUGGAGGGAGUAUAUCUCCACGCUGGAAUAUCUGACUAAUGAAAUGGCUGCCUCACAUGAUCUGGAAAUUGCGCUGACGGGAAUCCGGAACUCCAUCAAUGAAGCCAUCCUGCAUGCACAGUUGAAUGGACCACAGCUCUCCACUACAGUUGAUAAAGUGUGUGGACAGCCCAAACAACAAGAAGGGAACCUGUCAUCAGACAAUAUAGUGCCAGUGAAGGAAGCGACUGAAAUCCAGACAUUCGUGAUGGCUCACGCUAGUCUGAACAAUAAAAGAAGUUCUCUGCCUCUGAAAGCUUCAAAGAAUGACAAAUCCAGAAGUUUGAAAAAAAUCUCUCGAGAGUUCAUCAAUUACAUGAAGCGAUCCCGAACCUUUUAUGCCUCUAUAGCAGAAAGGCUGUGUGAUGGAGACCUGGUGAUGAGAGACAGCUCAACCUGCUGGAAUGGAGAGGAUGUUGUAGAAAGUUACACCAGCAGAGUUGUUUCCAAUGGACUGAAGGCACAAAUUAAUAAUCCAGAACUGAAAGUCAGAGGAUUGGACCCACUCAUCAGUAAUUUAAUUGAUAAACUUCAGCACUUUAAUCAACUGGAUGCUGAGAAGGCAAAAUUAAAACUGGAAAGAUGGGCUUCCCGAGAUGCUGGCAGUGGGGGUGGAAGAAGUGAAGAGAUGGAGUCAAGUGGGGAUUGUGAUGAUGAGGAUGGCUGUCAAGGAUCCGGUGACAGGAUUCACACAGCAGAUAUACUCAAGGACAAGAAAACCCAUCCAGAAAACAGAAAUGAACCAAAACCAACUGUGAAAAAGAUUGACACCACAACCACCACAAGCACUGUCAAGUCAUCCUCUAAACACAAUGUAACUGGAAAUGGGAGCAAUCCAGCCCUGAGUUCCUCACUUGUUAUUUUAACAGCACUAGCAGUUCUGUGGCAUCGUCCACUGUAGCUGUAUCGCCUUGCAGCCACUGCGCAAGUGUUUCUGCUCACUGUCAUUUAUACCUACAGCCUUACCCAACAGAAAACAAAUUUAAAUGGCUCUCUAGUUUAUGUGAUAUGUUAGAAUAAAUAUUAAACAAUAUGCUGGAGUUCACAGAUACCAAGUGUCAUCACUUACAAUGUCUGAAGAUAGCCUUUGACAAAGCCCACCCAAGAUACAGAGGGAAUGAUGACAAGGAUCUGAGUAGCUUAAGUUAUGGGGUAGAAAUAAUUGAAAACACAGAAAUUGUGUAUGUGUGUGUUAUUGUUUUUCUCAAUUUUGUUCACUGGAAUCUGACUGGUGGUUUUGUUUGUUUAAUUUUUCUGAUAAAUUAUAUGAAUAAUCAAUCUUCAAAUUCAAGCCAAUACAUACUUCAUUUUUCUAGUGAACAGCUAACAAGCUAUGUCUACAGUUGUAAACCAUGUUAAAGUGAAGUACUCUCUACCAGCUUGAUGAAAUUCCUAAGUGGUCAAGAAGAUCGAAGCAUGUUUGAAACUUCUUUUCACUCUUACUGUUUAGAUUGUAGGAAGCAACAUAAAAGCAUAUGGUGUGUCUAAUAUAUCAGUAUAGUUGCCUUAACUAUGGAAAAAAUUAGAACCAUUUUGUUUACUGAGGGAUAUAGAUAGUGAGUUUCCCUGCCCCACAAAAUGCCAUUACCAGAUGUUUAAGCAUAUGCUCAAGGCUUAUUGGGCAAAAUGUCCAGCAACGGGAAACAUAAAUAAACAUAACAAUGUUUUGUCCAGUUGAAUGCAGCUCUGUACAGAGAAAAAAUGAUAAUUCAGUUCAAACUUACUUUGCCUAUGUGAUGUUAAAGAGAAACCAACUUAUAUUUUCCAUAAAGGUCCCAGAGAUAUAAAUUAUUGGGAACUCCCAUUAGACACUAACCAGAUUUUGUGCAUUGUGGAUCUCUGAAAUCAACUGUUUCAUGAACUGUGUAUUAUUUAAUUACAUUUAAUGUUUAGAUUUUGUAUCAUGGUAGGUGUAAAUGUAAAACAAUCUGAAAUCUAGAAUAUUCUCUGUUAUGCCUCAUCUUGACUGCUACCCUAGAAAAUGUCAAAAUGUGUGUUACAUUACAAGGCUUUUUUUUAAUCAAUGAUACAUUGAUGCGUUUUAACUUUUUGGAUGAAAAAGUACUAUAAUAACUUCUA